UGGUGUUUGUAACUUCCGUUGAAAGAGCAAAGACCUUUCGGACGCCAUGGUUCGAACUGGUGACAAACAAGGUCCAAAACGAACGAUUCGCAACGGCACUCGUGUUUUGGUGCGAGACUUGCCAGAGAAGACACUUGGACAUGCACGGCGGAAGGUGUUCAAUCAGUGUGAAUGUCAUGUUUGAUGUUGUUGAAGUCUCAAGCCCAUUCCCAAGGGUCCGCAAGACAUCCCUGCAGUCAGCUUUCGGAGAUUUCGGCAAUGUAGUACGCAUUGAGCUGAUGCCAGAGCAGCGAACAGCGUAUAUUGAGUAUGAGGAGCCCUGUGAUGCUGAAGACGCUGCACGAGAAAUGGAUGGAAAGAUGGUGGAAAAGUCCAAGGUUCGAACGAAGCUCAUGGAUGAUCGGCCCAGAGCGGCCAUGGACCAUGCAAUUCGAGUUCAAGAAGCGUGUUUGGCUCACCUCGAGUCUCGUGCCGCUGAACAUCAACAACGGUUUUUUGGUGACGGGCCAACGAAUUCACGAGGCCUUCAUCGGAGUCGCAGCCGCCAGCGGUAGUGUGAAACACCAGGCGCUAUGGCAGACCAAGAUGGUCAGGAGUUGGCCCUACGCAUGAUCCAGGCUGCAAAAGAAAUCAGUGUGGCUGCCAGAGUUGCUGCAGAUGCUUUGAUGAAGAGAGGGUUUUGCCAA